UGAUGACAGUUUAUUUUUUAUUUUUGGGUAAACUAUCCCUUUAAAAUUAAAUUAGACAGAAAAGCACCCAAAGAAAAGAAGAAUCAAUUAUUGUCAAACUAGAUUUUACACAAUGUAAAAUCAAUGCCAAAACAUCUGCAGUUUUUACAGCAAAGCUGCAGUUCUUUUUAUUUCCCUCCCAUCAGUGUUACCGAUGAAAUCCUUUGAACAAAAAGUACUUCACAGUUUCAGCCCUAAACUGAACAAUUUCCUUUAAACAGCAGAAGUUCCUUUGCUCUUUAAAACCCCACUAUCAUGCCUGAAGCAAGCUCGUUAUAAAAGUGUUAGGGUCACUUUGUGCCAAUUCAUGUUCAAGGUUGGAACUGAUCUGAAUAAAUAUAUUUUCUCUAUUCUUCCAGAUUCUUCAAUAUUGCUGCAUGUCUAAUCAAAAGCCUUGAUCAUAAAACUGUUCAUUAAGGCCCAGCACACAAACGCAACAUGACAAUCACCAUUCAGAACAUCACUACCACCUCUGCCAUCGUCAACUGGCCCUCGUCCCCCAGUUGCAUAGACACGUUCUACAGCGUCAUGUACAACCUAAACUGGAACAGCCUUCCAAUGGGUUACACACGCAAGAGCUUCCUGCGUGAGGACAGGGUUCCUGUGAGCCAGACCUCAACCAGUGUGGGCAACCUCAGUCCACAGACUACUUACAUACUGUGCGUCACAUGCCAGUCUGCCAACCCCACCAGAGAGCAGUGCCAGGUCUUCAGUACUCUGGAUGAUGGAACAGAGCUUGGAGAGAAUGGUAGGGAGCUGGCCAUGGGAGUCUGGUUGGCCAGCAGUAUCCUUCUUCUAAUCAUUGCCUUGGCUCUGCUUUGGGGAUGUCUCCACACUAUGUGUCCAUCAAAGAGAGACACAGACCAGCAUAACCAGCCAGGUUCUAACCCUCCUCACCUGGCUCUGAUGCCAAUGGGUGGGGAUAUGGCAAGUGAGGGAAGAAAACAUCUGUACAUGCCAAGCUGUAGCGAAAAGGACUCUCAGAACGCAACAGUGAUUGAGAACCCUUUUCGAGAAGAGCAAGGAAGAGAACUGGGAAACGGGCCAAGUCGUGAACACAGAGUAGCAAACUGAACUUCAGGUCAGAAUAAUAGGCCAGUAAAACCGUCACUAAUGUAAUGACCCCAAAAGUUCAAACACAAAUGAGGACAAUCACUGGAGUAGAAACCAUUUUGAGGAAAUGAGACCCUAACAUUCUAAAACAUUGUGCAGUGGAACAUAUGGGCUGAAGGAUGUUCAACUGACAUUAAAUCAGAUGGAAACAUACCUACCUAAUUAACCUGAAGAAAUCCAAGAAGCCCCUUUCGAUUAUACCACAAUCCUAAGAACUUUAAAAUGCUCCAAGUAAUUUUUUUCACUUAUCACCCAGUUAAAAUUUACACCUAAAGAUUUAAAUAGUACCUUUACCAAAUAAGUUAAAAAUGAGGCCAAAGUAUAAUUUGGUUUUCCGGGUGACAGACUGUUUACGUGCAGCCUAGUUUUCUAGCACAGUGGACAGAUUGUGCUAAAAGAGUAUCACAAAUGAGUAGAAAGUCUCGAGUGCAUGAGACAGAAUGGCAUGAGGGAAAACAAUGUAUACCCAAGCCUUAUUGACUCCUGUCAUAUCAGUGAUCUGGAUAAAACUAUUUUAUUCAACACAAGGUGGGUCGCCCCCAUCCAUUGGUGGCCACCACAUUGAGAUCACUUGAUUAGCCUUGUCAAUUUGAGUUAAUAAAAACUUAAUGCCAAAGUGUCAGUAUAAAAUAAAAAAAAAAAAAAAAACUUGUUUAGAAAGACAAAAAAAAAAAAAAAAAAGUUCCAGUGAAAUGUAAACAUAAAAUUACUUUUAAAUUUAAUUUUAAAUGCAUGUGUGUUUUAAGUGUUCAUUUUAUUGUCACUGUGUGAAUGGAGUCCCUGUUUUGUGUUAAAUGCAUUGAAAUGCAUCUUGCCUGCCUAACUGUCUUGCAAAAUAAAAAGCAUCUUAUGAUCAUUAUGAAUGUAUGUUAAUGCUGGAGA